UCUUCCUUCCAGAAUCCUGUCUGGGACCCGAUUUUACCAACCACCUGCUCCAUCCGAACAGCGUCAACUCCAUGGCGCGGUUCCUGAGACUUUGCACUUGGCUGCUGGCUCUCGGACCUGGGAUCCUGGCUACUGUGCAGGCGGAAUGCAGCCAAGACUGCGCGACAUGCAGCUACCGCCUAGUGCGCCCUGGCGACAUCAACUUCCUGGCUUGCACCCUGGAAUGUGAAGGACAACUGCCCUCUCUCAAAAUCUGGGAAACCUGCAAGGAACUCCUGCAGAUGUCCAAGCCCGAGCUCACUCAAGAUGGCACCAACACCCUCAGAGAGAGCAGCAAGCAGGAAGAGAGCCAUGUGCUCGCCAAAAAGUAUGGGGGGUUCAUGAAGAGGUACGGAGGCUUCAUGAAGAAGAUGGAUGAACUGUACCCCGUGGAACCCGAAGAAGAGGCCAACGGAGGUGAAGUCCUUGCCAAGAGGUACGGGGGCUUCAUGAAGAAGGAUGCAGAGGAAGGGGACGCCCUGGCCAACUCCUCGGACCUGCUGAAAGAGCUGCUGGGAACAGGUGACAACCGCGGGAGAGAGAGCCACCCCCAGGAUGGCAGUGACAAUGAUGAGGACGUGAGCAAGAGAUAUGGGGGCUUCAUGAGGGGCCUCAAGAGAAGCCCCCAAUUGGAAGAUGAGGCCAAAGAGCUGCAGAAGAGAUAUGGGGGCUUCAUGAGAAGAGUGGGCCGCCCAGAGUGGUGGAUGGACUACCAGAAGAGAUAUGGGGGCUUCCUGAAGCGCUUUGCUGAGUCUCUGCCCUCCGAUGAGGAAGGAGAAAGUUACUCCAAAGAAGUUCCCGAGGUGGAAAAAAGAUACGGAGGAUUUAUGCGAUUUUAAUACCCUUUCCCAUCAGUGACCCCUGGCCCCCACAAUCCACUCUCCACCCCCCCCCCGUGAGAAACUGCCUCAUUGAUAACAUUGAUCGUGUUUUCUUGUCAUGUGACGCUUGCAUUGUACAAUUGACUACGUGGCCUGGAUAACUCUACAGCCUGAAAGUUGUCAGUUCAGGGUCUGUGUUCUUUUGAGAGUCUUUAAGCUCAAUCGUGGUCUCUUGUGGCUCUCUGGUCUUCACGCCAAAAUAUUGUGUGUUACCUUGUUCCCUGUUUUUGACAAAAUAUCAAUAAAUGCUUCCUUGUAUAUAGAUCUAAUAAACCUGUUACCCCAACUGCA